AUGCGGAUCAGCUUGACUCUCCACACCUUGGUUUCCGGACUCAGCAGACUGGCGUGUUCAGCUCCGUACCUACUGUUCUCCUUCUCCCAGUGUGUAAGGAUGCGGCUAUUUCAGAAAGAGAAUGGAGAUCAAGAGGAUACCAGACAAAGGCAAAGAGAAGAUGGAAAACUUUCCUGUGAAAAAGGAAGAAUGAAAUCCUUCUGGAGAAGGCACAGGUCUGAGAAGAAAACAUCUUCUAAAAAUUCCAACACCACGAAUCAGAUGAAGAAUAUGAAUAAAUUAGAAGAACUGAAAUUUGAUAUCAGGAAGAUCAGUUAUGAGAGGGAUGAACUGUGUCGAAUCCUGAAUCUUUACAUAUAUAACAAUUUGAACUACAGUAUGAAUGUUGAAUUCACCAUCAUUAAAUCACGACAUGAGAGGACAAUGUUGGAUAUAAAGAAAGUGACCCAGUCAGUACAUGAUGCCAGAGAGAAGUACAAGGAGCUGAUAGAAGAUAAUUAUUCCUACAGCAUCAGGUACAACCACCUCCUGCAGCAAUUAGCUGAAUUAAAUGAAAACAUAUGGAUACUGAUGAAUGAGAACAGAAUGCUGAUGGUGGAGCAGGCUGAAUUGCAAGCAUCCUAUGAGGAAGAAAAGAGGUUCUGUGAGGAGGCAAGCAAGAACAUUAAUGUCCCAAGAGACAAGCAGCAGCAGUGUGAAACACUCCUGCAGAAACUGGAACAUGGAAUACACCAGAAUAUGAUCUCCCUUGUAGAGAACUGCUGUAGGAAGAUCACUGAGUGUGCCCAGCAAAUACACCACUGUUGCCUCUCUUUCCUAAUACUCAUGCCUAUCAUGGGCUGCAUUUUCUUCAUUUCCUUUGGUUUCCUAGGUGUGAAUACACCUUAA